AUGCGCGUGCCCGUCGAGCUGUACCGCGGCGGCACGAGCCGCGGCCUCGUGCUGGCCACGCAGGCGCUCGCGCCGUUUCCCCAGGCCGUGCGCGACCGCAUCCUCUGCACGGCCAUGGGAUCGCCUGACCCGGAUGGACGCCAGAUCGACGGCGUCGGCGGCGGCGUCUCGUCGCUGUCGAAAGCGGCCAUCGUGUCGGUGCCGGCGUCCGCGGUGAGCAAGCGCACGUACGAGGCUGUGCGUCGCUUGGGAGAUGCGUGGGCCUUCCCCGGCGCGGCCGACGCCGACGACCCGCGCCGCGCCGCGGACCCGCGCACCGGCUACGACGUCGUGUACCGCUUUGGCCAGGUGCCGGUGCACAGCGGCUAUGACAUCGACUGGUCCAGCACGUGCGGCAACUUCCUGUCGGCGGCGGCCCUGCAUGCCUAUACACACCAUGCGCCGGCCUUCGGCGCUCGGAUCGCCCAGGCGGCCACAAGGGCCACGUACCGCUUGCCAUUGCGACUCCUCCUCGCCGACUCGGGCAAGCGGGUGACGGUGCAUGUGCCGCUCGAGCGCACGGGCAGCGGCACAUGGGUCUUGUCGCGCCACGCCGAUACGCAGAUCGCGGGCGUGCCAGGCCGCGCGCCCGGCCUGCAGAUCCACGUCCCGCUGGACGCGCCGCCGCUGCCGACCGGGCGCGCGCGCGACACAGUGCACAUACAGGGGCGGGCCGUGCCCGUAUCGGUGGUCGAUACGGGCCUUCCCGUCGUGUUUGUGCACGCCGCCGAUCUGCAGGUGCCGCGCGAGCACAUCGUGCAGACGGCCGCCCAGCUAGACGCGGAUCCCGCGCUGCUGGCGCGCGUCGAGGAGGUGCGGCAGCAGGCGGCGCGCCUCACGCCUGCGCUCGCUGCCCAGCUCUGUAUGUCGGCGCCCAAAGUGUGCCUGGUGCAUCCCCGCACACCGUACACCACGUCGGGCGGCGCGUCUGUCGCGGCCAACGACAUGGACGUGCUUGUGCGCGCCGUCUCGGUGGGACAAGUGCACCGCUCCAUUAUGGCUACGGCGCUCUCGUCGCUCGUCACGGCAUCGGCGUACACGGACUCAGUCGUGGCCGAGGCUUGGCGCCAGGGCGGUGGCACGCACUGCCCCGCCUCCGCAGCACGCUCGUCGUCCGAGGGUCUGCGCGCCCUGACGGUAGGCCACCCCGCCGGCACAUCGCUCGCGAUGGUCCAGCUGGCGCACGACGAGCCGGUCGCUGUCGUGUACGACCGCACCGCGCGCUGCAUCCUCCAUGGGCACGCCGAGAUCCCGCCGUUCCCUGGACUGGCACAGGCGCAGCCCAUGGAUCUCUAG